AGUCCAUUGGCGCCAAAACCAGAGCGGGGCUGCCUGUGAUUGGUCAGCUGAGUGCACCGACACUUGUGAGGUGCUGAUGAUAACGACUGUGCCCUGGUGAUAAACAAAAAUCAGCCGAUAUCUAGGGACUUGGUGUUUAUCUCGUUCUUUGACUAAGGUUGAGAAGGCGAGGGACAGGCCUGGCACCUCUGUCACUGCAGCACCAUGACCCUGGAGGCCAUCAAGUGGAGGGACAGGAAGCUCACCAUCCUUGACCAGCUGCUGCUGCCCAUGAAGAAAGAGUACAUUGAUGUCACCUGUGUGGAGGAUGGCUGGGCGGUCAUCAACAAAAUGCAGGUCCGAGGUGCCCCGGCCAUAAGCAUUGUUGGGUGUCUGAGCCUCGCCGCAGAGCUGGCCCAUGGCACAUACAGCAGCGCCUCAGAAGUGGUGUCACUGGUGUCGAAGAAACUUAAGUACCUUGUCACCGCCAGACCGACUGCUGUCAACAUGGAGACGGCAGCCAAAAAAUUAACUCCCUUCGCUGAGAACUUGAAGAAUGAAGGGAAGUCAGCAGAGGAGAUUGUUGAGGCAGUGAUCGUUUGGUGUGAGAAGCUUCUGGAGGAUGAUGUGGUGAUUAAUGUUAAGAUCGGCAAGCUAGGUGCAGCAGCCGUCCUGAGCCACAUUUCUGAGGGUCGCAAAGCUCGGGUCCUGACUCACUGCAACACGGGGUCUCUGGCCACAGCGAGUUAUGGCACUGCCCUUGGAGUGGUGAGGGCCCUGCAAGAGGCUGGUCGUCUCGAGCAUGUGUACUGCACAGAGACACGCCCUUACAACCAGGGGUCUCGACUGACUGCCUUUGAACUGGUUGCUGAGGGUCUUCCCGGCACCCUCAUAUGUGACAGUGCAGCAGCAGCACUCAUGAGGGAGAAGGGCAUUGAUGCUGUGCUUGUAGGCGCUGACAGGGUGGCAGCUAACUGGGACACUGCUAACAAGAUUGGGACAUAUCAGCUAGCGGUUGUUGCCAAGCACCAUGGAGUCCCAUUCUUUGUGUGUUCUCCUUCCACCUCCAUUGACCAAACCUUGAGUGGGGGAGCGGACAUCCCUAUAGAGGAGCGUUCACACAAGGAGAUAACUGAUGUAGCAGGAACUAGAAUUGCUGCCCCUGGUAUAGCAUGCUGGAACCCUGCCUUUGACAUCACACCAGCAGAGCUCAUUACUGGAGGAGUUGUGACGGAAACAUAUGUGGUUAUUCCUCCCUCUGCCACCCUAAGCAAGGUGUAAGUGGAUGAUGUAGGAGUGGUAAGUGCAUAUGUACAAAAUGAAAUGGGUGGAAUAAAGCAGUGAAUCACUUUGAGGAAUAACAACAAAAGGAACAAUCAAUUCUCUUUGGGCUGCUCUUGUUUGAAUUCACCACCAUGAGUCACUUGUUUCUACUUUCCCUUUGCAUCUUCUGGUACAUCCAUCACCCACAUGUCUUCCUUCAUUGCAUCCAUAAAACCUCCCCUCUGCUCUUCCUCUCUACCUCUUGCCUGGCCGAUCUAUCUCCAGCAUCCAGCUCCCAACAUGACUUGCCUCAGCUUCACCUCUCUACCUCCAUCUAUUAAAUUAUGUACAUGUGUUGACAAUGCAGCUUGGUUUAUGAGUUGAGGGAAAAGAAGCAGCUAAGAAAACAGAAAAAGGGGACCAUUUAAGCAGUAAAUGAGAGAAACCCUUGAAUCUGGUAUUAUAUAAGUAAAUAGGCAAAACAUAUCAAGAACCUAUGGUGCAACCUGCAACAUAUUACUAGUCAUUAAGGAAAUAUAAUGAUUUAUAAAGGAAGUAAAUAUGUUUAAACUGUUAUGUGUUAAGUAUGAGGGGGAAAAAAUGGGAAAUUUGUGUGCCUUAGUGAGUGAGUCUUAUGUAAUAGUGUUUGUGGGAAGUAUAUAUUAAGAGAUUUUAUGGUACAGUUAUAUGAUUUACUGAUAAUAGUUUUGUGUCCUCUAUUUAUAAAUUUAGGGUUUUCAUUAUUUUUAAAUUUUGGGUUUUCAGUGUCUUGCUGACAUUUAUAUAUAUAUAUAUAUUCAUUUAUGAAUAAGGAUUUUGAAGGUGUUGCGUCUUGGUGUCCAUUGGAAAUUUUCUAGGUUUUAUGUCCAAGUCUCUAUAUAUGCACUGAGUUGUCAAGAUUGCUGAGAGUCUAUUUUUAUAAUGUGUAGGUUCUCUAAUGUUCACACGUGUCCAUGAUUACUUUUGUUUAGCUAUAUUUUACUACCAUCUAGUAUCCUAAGUAUACAAGUUGCUCAGUAAGUGUCUUCCAGAAGUAAAGUUGGGUGCUGUCUGUUCUAUAUGUCACACAUUUGGAUUAUCAGCUUUAGAGAGAGAGAUGGAUAGAUAUAUUGUCAUAGAAGAACAUUUGUAUAUUACAUCAGUGAGGUAGAUAGUUGCAAUAUAGAAUUUUUAUUGCUUGAACGAGAUCAAUAGAAAGUUGCAAUGCAGAUUUUUAAUUGCUUGAAUGAGAUAAAUAGACAGUUCCAUUACAGAUUUUUUACUGCUUGAAUAAAAUAAACAAAGUUGCAAUACAGAUUUUUAAUUGCUUGAACGAGAUAAAAUGGUUAUAGAACAUUUUGAAUUCUUUCAGUGAGGUAGAUAGUCAUAGAACAGAUUUUUUCAAUUGUUCCAGUGAGAAAGCUAAUCAAAGGUCAGAUUGUCAGUUGGUUCAGAUAAAGUCUGAAGAAUAUGUUUUAAAAGCCCUUCAGUGCCAUACCUAUACAUAUAUUUUUGAAGAGCUUUAAAAUGUUUGAGAAGAUUUAAUAAAGUCUAAUUAUUA